UAGCCUAUUCAGUCAGUAGUGUCAACUCGGCUCUCGUGACGUGUGUACGUGAUCACGCUCACGUCUCUCCCUUAUUCACAUACAGAACUUUUUCUCAAGACAAAUCACACAGAUCAAGAACCAUCAUGGGAUUUGGCGGGAAAGACUUGACCCUAGGCAACAUGAAGGCACUAAUCCUGGUGGGCGGGUACGGUACUAGGCUGCGGCCGCUCACCCUCAGUCGCCCCAAACCUCUGGUCGAGUUCGCCAACAAACCCAUCGUGCUGCACCAGAUCGAGGCGCUGGUGGCCGCUGGGGUGACGCAGGUCGUACUGGCGGUGUCGUACCACGCCGAACAGAUGGAACAAGAGCUGGCACAAGAAGCUCAAAGGUUGGGUAUCCAGAUCACAUUCUCACUGGAGGAGGAACCACUCGGCACAGCAGGACCCAUCAAGCUAGCCCAGAGUAUCCUAGCGGCCAACGACGAGCCUUUCUUUGUCCUUAACUCCGAUGUGAUCUGUGACUUCCCCUUCACCCAGAUGGUCAAGUUCCACAAGCAACAUGGACGGGAGGGAACUAUUGUGGUAACCAAGGUGGAAGAGCCGUCGAAGUAUGGCGUCGUGGUGUACGAAGAGGGCGGAAAGAUCGACAGUUUUGUGGAGAAGCCUCAGGAGUUUGUAUCCAAUAAGAUUAAUGCAGGAAUGUACAUCUUCAAUCCCUCUGUGCUGAAUAGGAUAGAGUGCCGACCAAUGAGCAUCGAGAAGGAGGUGUUCCCGUUCAUGGCCAGGGACUCUCAAUUGUUCGCCCAGGAGCUUCACGGCUUCUGGAUGGACAUUGGCCAGCCUAAGGACUUCCUCACUGGCAUGUGCCUUUACCUCAACUCUUGCAAGAUCAGCAACAGUGCCAAGCUUUAUAAAGGCCCAGGAGUGGUUGGCAACGUCCUGGUCGAUUCAUCGGCUAAAAUCGGAAAGAACUGUCGUAUAGGCCCCAACGUGACCAUCGGCCCGGACGUGGUAAUAGAAGACGGGGCGUGUAUCAAGAGGUGCACCAUACUCCGGGGGGCCACCAUCAAAUCUCACACUUGGUUGGAGAACUGUAUCAUCGGCUGGAAGUGCAUCGUUGGGCAGUGGGUGCGUAUGGAGAACGUGUCGGUAUUAGGCGAGGACGUGAUUGUAAAGGACGAACUGUAUGUCAACGGGGGUAUGGUCCUGCCUCACAAGAGCAUAGGUGCCUCGGUCCUGGAGCCUAAGAUCAUCAUGUGAAAGUUGGCGCUCGUUGUUCUAUGUGACGUUAAAGCAUGACAAGAUAUAUAUAUAUAAAUACCGUAUAUAAUUUGAGUGCGUUUGUUGUAUCUUCCAAUUCACAUAGGAUAUAAGCCUUGUAUUUAUGUAAGAUGACUCAUGAUUCUGUGUCCAUUUGCAUUUUCUCUAUAUCUCCUCUCUAUUUCUUCUUUACUCUUUCAUUUUCUCUUCACCAGAUUCCCUCAAAUAUUUGGUUAAAUUUUCACAUUAACAUUAUUUCCUUCCCUCUACAUUGAUUCCUUUGGGUUAUGCACUAGUUAACACGAAUUCAACUUUGGUAAAUGGCACGUUAAAAUCUAGUUCACCUUUAAUUAAAUCCUCUUCCUACUAUAGUCCUCACAUUUUCUCAGGGACAUUUUGUAAUUAAAGUAUUGUGUGUCAUUUACUGUAGGUUCACUAGCCAUUUGGACAUGUUUAUCAUUAAGGAGGA